CGUACUGUCUUCUGUCUUGUGCAAAAGUUGCGAACCAAAAAAUCCACAGGGAAAUAAUCUAUAAAUUGAUCACCCCGCAAAGGAGCGAGUUCCAUUUUCCCAAACAUUUCGGGUGAACAGUGUCGGUGCGAGAACACGCUCAAGGAUUGUACCACGUGUCGAUCUAGUUCGGGAAACAUACUUCGUGUGAUAUAUACUGCCGGUGUAGUGCGGCGAUUGGUGUUUUACAUUUAAGAAAAACGAAAAAAUAACACAAAAAUCCCAAAAUGGUUCUACUCGCAUCAAACACGAAUUACGAUCCAGAAGAGGACCUCAAGGCUCAGCUACGCAGCGUGAUCAUCACCCGAUCGAAGGAGGGUGCAACGAUCGAAGAAAUAAUAGACGACUACAAGGAGCUGACGGGGACACACUUGCUGGGCAUCUUUUUUAACCGUACCGUGCUGGCCAGGUACCUGUCCAUGCUAGAACACGUUUGGUGUACGACGGAUGGUUCGUGUGGCCAGCUGCUAUGGUUCUGCAGCACACCUAAGACAAGGCACGUGGUCCACAUGAUACAGCAGCAGCGAUCACCACGUGCUAGUGGAAGCAGUUACCGACAUUACAUACCACGUGCUUUGCCACAGCAGGUUGAUCAGGUUGAUCACCAGAACAGUCGAUCGACGGGUGGCACGGAUACGGCUUCCACCGUGACGUUGCACGCAUACAACGGAUUCGUGUAUAAUGAAACGGUGCAGACGCAGGAAGUCACACGUCCUAGCCAAGCGUACCGUUCCAAACGUCCACCACGUAUGGUGCGGCACAAUCCGUACACACGAAGGACUACCGGUCGUAACGGAACAACAGGCUGGAGACAAUCCAGAGCAGAUGAGCUGGAUUAUUCGAUGUACGGACCAUCGUACCACCGUCAUCAACUAGUGGGGGAUGACUUUUUCCUAGCCAUAGCUAAAUGGGAACUUGGAUUUUCCUUUGAUCGAGGCCACAUCAUCGAUAUGAGCGGGCUAUGCAUCUCAGGACUAACGCUCUCAGAGGCUGCCAAGCGUGUUGAGGUGGCCCCUUACAUCGCAGACCACGUGCUAGUUAACGUCGGUACCGUUGAUCUGCUGCACGGACGUGAAAUGAUCGAUCUGAUACACGAUUUCGACCAGCUAGUUGCACGGUUCCGCGAGCGUAACGUGGAACCGAUCAUGACAACGCUAUCCCCGAUUGCAAAUUCUGGCGGCCGCACACCGAUGGCGGAACGGUUGCUUAAGCUGAACGAGUACAUUUGCCGUACCUGUCCGCGUACAAUCGACCUGUGGAAGAACUUUGUCCACGCAAACGGUACCGUGCGGUUCGAGUGCUAUCAACCCGGACCGCGGAAGGUAUCCGGCAGCAUAAUGCCGCACGUACUGUGGAACAAGCUCGGUCGGCAACUUAUACUGGGCGUGCUGGGUAACGAAAUAGCCGCACAGCUAACUACCGACGAACAGUGGAGAUACUACUAAAACCCCGGGCAUGGUUCUUUCUUCGUUUUGCUCCUACCUGUGUAGCGUUCCGUAGGGUUAAGCUUUGCUCUUAAGUAUGCCGCCUCGCACCGCAAUCAUCGGCAGUUAGUUACCUUUUUAAUUUGUUAUUUCAUGAUAUUGUGUUUCGUUGGUAACCAGUGUCUUAUGCUUUACGUUGUUAAUUGUCACAUACACACUCUCCUUUUGAUUGUUUAAAACUCUUUUAAAGUUAACAACAAACGGUAUCCUUCGGUUCCCACCGAUGGUAACGAAUCUGUUUCGACAGUGAAGCGUGCUCGACCAGAAGGGCACACGGUACACCUUGUCCCGGGAACAAGCGCAUCGUACGGUGUGCCUUUCUGUUUCGAUCCGGUACGGGGCACAACGUUAGUAAGAAACUACAACAGUUUGUCCUUCCGGAAGACGAAUUGGGUUGAUGCUUCGCAUAACACACCGCUGGGCCCAGGUCGUGUCCCGUACCAAUGCGUACCGAAGGAAUGAGUUCCAGAAUUCAACUCUCUCUAGCGGCCGGUCCAUUUGUAAGGAGAGUGUCUUUUCGAACUCCAAAUCGGUGUGGUGCAUAUGUUAGAUGAGAGGCUUGUAAGUUCUACGAGACCGGUCAUACAAGACGAUCAUCAAUGUUUCCUAUCAUUCAACACAUUCGUUACCACCGGUAUGGAACAUAUUCAGAAGCUUCACAUAAAGGGCAGAGUAUGUACACUUAAGCUUAAACAUGUCAGCUAAUCAUGAUUAGUUUCCUAAGCAAGCAUUGUACCAAUCUUUAUGUUUAUCUGUGUUUUAUGGCGUCUUUCGUGUUUGUGCACUUUUGUGUCAAUAAAAAUUGUACUCCCCAGUGCAAGUCAACUGAAACGAG